CAAAAAUAAGUGAUGUGAGUAAAAUUGGUCGAACUAUAAAAUUUUGCACAACUUCGUUAAAUGAACUUUAAAUAGUAUAAUAAUGUAAUUAGUAUUUAUUUUAUUCGCAAAAUGUCGUUGACUUCAAAAGUAACUUUAGGAUUGUCGUUCGUAACAUCUGCUUCAAUUGUUGGUUAUGUACAUUACAAACAGUAUUAUGAUAGACAACAAUUACAUGAAGGCGUAAUAAAAGAUGUAGAACGACAACAAAAACGGAAGACUGAAAAUAUUUAUAAUUUACAAAAGCAAUCUGAUCUUACAAAACAGUUAAAGACAGCCUUAGAAAAUGAAAAAAGAUAAUCUUAUUUGUUA